AUGACGUCUAAAAUACGUCAUUGCAAAUGGAGAAGAACAUAACCUCUUUAAAUGGUAGUAAAUAUUUAUUUUUAAUUUUAGUUGGGUAGUUUUAUUUUAGAAAACAUGAAAGAGAAGGAGUCCUAUGAACAUGUUUAUGGAGAUCCUAAACAAUAUCACAUGCCGAUUAAAGAAAUAGAGGAAAAAUGGAAGUUGGUGCCUGCCUUUCUGAAAAUAAGAGGAUUGGUAAAACAACAUAUAGACUCAUUCAAUUACUUCAUUGCAGUUGAAAUUAAGAAGAUAGUUGAAGCUAACAACAAAGUAACAUGUGAUGCUGACCCACUAUUUUAUAUCAAGUACACAAAUGUUCAAGUUGGAACACCUGAUGUGGAUGAAGGUUUCAAUAUUAGCAAACCUACGACACCUCAUGAAUGUAGAUUAAGAGAUAUGACAUAUUCAGCUCCAAUAACAGUUGAUAUAGAAUACACAAGAGGAUCCCAAAGGCUCUCUAAAACAGGCCUGUUAAUUGGAAGGAUGCCAAUUAUGCUGAAAUCAUCAAAUUGUGUUCUGAGCGGCAAAUCCGAGUAUGAAUUAGCAAAAAUGAAUGAAUGCCCGUUAGACCCAGGUGGAUACUUUGUUGUCAAAGGACAAGAAAAAGUUAUUUUGAUUCAAGAACAGUUAACAAAAAAUAGAAUGUUGGUCGAGGAAGGAAAGUAUGGUGUGCAGUGCCAAGUGACCAGUUCCACUCACGAAAAGAAGUCCAGAACGAAUGUAUUUGUCAAAGGAAAUAAGUAUUACGUGGGGCAUAAUACUUUCACAGAUCCUAUCCUUGUCUCUGUAGUAUUUAAAGCUUUGAACAUCAUAAACGACCAGGAGAUAUGUGAACUGAUAGGAAUAAACGACAUUCACAAAUUGACUCCCACUUUAGAAGAAUGCCACAACCUGAAGAUCUAUACACAGGAGUCAGCGUUAGCAUACUUAGGAACCAAAUUAGUCGUAAAAAGAUACGUUACAUCAGCAUCAAAGAUGAAAACACCUGCAGAUGAAGCUCGAGACUUACUGGCAACUACUGUUCUGGCUCAUGUACCGGUAGAAGAAUAUAAUUUUAGACUCAAAGCUAUCUAUCUAGGACUGAUGAUAAAGAAAGUUAUCGAAGCACAAAACGACAGUCAACUACUGGACGACAGGGACUAUUAUGGUAACAAAAGAUUGGAAUUGGCUGGUUCUCUUAUUUCUCUAAUGUUCGAAGACGUGUUCAAAAGGUUCAACUGGGAACUCACAGCCAUCGCAGAAAAGACCAUUCCCAAGAUUAGGGCUACACAGUUUGACGUCGUCAAAUACAUGAGAUCUGAUUUGAUAACAAGUUGUUUGGUGUUUGCUAUAUCCACGGGAAAUUGGACCAUAAAACGUUUCAGAAUGGAACGGUUGGGAGUUACUCAAGUUCUUUCGAGGCUGAGCUACAUUUCUGCGUUAGGUAUGAUGACUAGAGUGAACUCACAGUUUGAAAAAACCAGGAAAGUGUCGGGACCAAGGUCUCUUCAGCCUAGCCAGUGGGGAAUGCUGUGUCCGAGUGAUACACCUGAAGGAGAAGCUUGUGGUUUAGUAAAAAAUUUGGCAUUGAUGACUCACAUUACCACAGAAGUCGACGAAUUCCCCCUCAUUAGACUGGCCCGAAAUGCUGGAGUCCAAGACAUUAAUAUGGUUGCUAGUUUUGCUAUCCAUUCUCCUUCAACGUAUAUUGUAUUUCUAAACGGUAAUAUCUUGGGAAUCACGAAAAACUAUAGGAAACUAAUAAAAGUAUACAGGAUGACCCGCCGAAAAGGCUUUAUAUCUGGAUAUGUGUCGAUUUAUCCUAGCCAUCUGCACAAAUGCGUAUAUAUCAGUUCGGAUAGCGGGCGUUUGUGCAGGCCCUACAUCAUAGUGGAUAAUGGGAUACCUCUCGUUAACGAUAAACACAUUUUAGAACUCGAAAAGGGUAUGAGAGGUUUCGAAGACUUUCUUCAGAAUGGACUCAUUGAAUUUUUGGACGUAAAUGAAGAAAACGACAGCUAUAUAGCCUGUUACGAGAAGGAUAUAACAUCGCAAACCACACAUCUAGAAAUAGCAACCUUUACCUUACUGGGAGUAUGUGCAGGACUGGUUCCAUACCCUCAUCACAAUCAGUCUCCAAGAAAUACUUAUCAGUGCGCUAUGGGCAAACAAGCCAUGGGAACAAUUGGCUACAACCAAAAAAAUCGUAUGGACACUCUCCUCUACAACCUCGUAUACCCGCAAGCGCCAAUGGUAAAAACUAAAACCAUAGAACUAACCAAUUUCGAUAAGCUACCGGCCGGUCAGAACGCUACCGUAGCCGUGAUGAGCUACAGCGGUUACGAUAUCGAAGACGCCCUCAUUUUGAACAAAGCUUCCAUCGACAGAGGUUUCGGCAGAUGUCUAGUCUACAAGAACUCCAAAUGCAUCAUGAAGCGGUAUCCAAAUCAAACGUUCGACAGGAUUCAAGGACCGAUGAUCGACGCAACUACCGGUCAACCUGCGUGGAAGCACAACUGCUUGGACAAUGACGGAAUUGUCGCUCCAGGAGAGUUGGUACAAAGUAGACAGGUCCUCAUCAACAAAUCUGUACCAACGGUGUCAGCGGUUCCUGGUAGUACGAAUACCUCCGUAGAAUAUAAAGAUACUCCAGUCACUUAUAGAAACGAUGAACCCAGUUAUAUAGAGAAGGUGUUAAUUAGCACAAACGAGGAAGAUACCACGUUGUUGAAGGUGCUCCUCAGGCAGACCAGAAGACCUGAAAUUGGCGACAAAUUUAGUUCCAGGCAUGGUCAAAAGGGAGUCGUGGGUCUCGUGGUAGAACAAGAAGAUAUGCCAUUCAAUGAAUACGGUAUUUGUCCAGAUAUUAUUAUGAACCCACAUGGUUUUCCCUCUAGAAUGACAGUUGGUAAAUUAAUAGAAUUACUGGCUGGAAAAGCUGGGUUGGUCGAAGGUAAAUUUCAUUACGGAACAGCCUUUGGUGGAUCCAAAGUAUCGGACGUAAGCGAAGAGUUGGUUAAGCAUGGAUUUAACUAUCAAGGCAAAGAUAUAUUUUAUUCUGGUAUAACGGGCGAGCCCCUCGAAGCUUAUAUUUACUCAGGUCCCGUUUAUUACCAAAAACUGAAGCAUAUGGUUCAGGAUAAGAUCCAUGGGAGGGGUCGAGGACCACGAGCUGUUUUAACUAGACAACCCACAGAAGGAAGAAGCCGAGAUGGAGGUCUUAGGUUGGGUGAAAUGGAGAGAGAUUGUCUUAUCGGCUACGGUGCAAGCAUGAUGUUAGUGGAGCGUCUGAUGGUAUCUAGUGAUCAAUGUGAAGUAGAUGUAUGCAACAAAUGCGGCCUAUUGGGAUACUGCGGAUGGUGCAAUAGCUGCAAAAGCUCUGGACAGGUGUCCAGCAUCACCAUGCCUUACGCGUGUAAAUUGUUGUUGACGGAGCUACAGUCGAUGAAUAUAACCGCCAGACUGACAUUAACCCAUUAUUGUAAAUGAGAAAUUGGCUAUAAAUAAAACGUUUUCUGUUAUACAA